GGCUUUUGACAAAGCAACUUUGCAAUUUCUGGGAAAUCAAAGAAAUUAAGACCAACAAGCAGCGAUGAGAGAGAGAGGUAGAGAGAGAGUGAGAAGGGAGCAAGGUGGACAUCGUACAAGGGAUAGACAGUCAGCAUUGAUCUGGGAGCAAGGCGGAUCUCGUCGAAGAAACUACCAAAGGAUCAGGGAUCCGAGAGAAUUGGGGAAAACAAGGGAUGAUCAAUACCAGGGUCGAAAAAUGCAGAGAGGUGGGCCUUAUAACUGGGGUCUGUACAAACAAGCAACAACUUUUUUCUUUACCAAUGUUCCAGAUGAUUGGAGCUAUGAAGAAAUGUGGAGAACGUUCUUGAAGUUCGGCCGAGUGUAUGACAUCUAUUCUCCAAAUAGAAGGAGUAGGAACGGAAGUAGAUUUGGUUUUGUGAGGUUUCUAGGGGUGACAGACAAGAUGGAACUAGAAAGAAAGCUGAAUCAGAUCCGGGUAGGAGACCAGAAACUGUGGGUGAAUAUGCCCAAGUAUGAUGCUGAGAGGGAUGAAGGUGGGGAGAAAAGAAAAAGUUAUGGAAUGAUGAAAGUAGAUCAGAGUAGAACUUAUGCCGAAGUAGUGAAAGGAUCACAAGGGAAGGUAAUAGCAGGGGAUCAGAGUAUUCAAAGCAUGAUGGGCCAAGACAGAAACAGAAGAAAUGACAAGGAAUGUGAGAAGUAUGCAGGGAAUGACAAGCAAGGGAGUUACAGAUACAGAAGUAAACACCAGUACCGGCAAACUGCAGAUAGAAAAGUGUGGAAAGAAAGAGGAAGGGGAGAGAAAUGGGCAGGUAUGGAGUUCAACGUUAAACCUGAAGAGUAUGCCUGGAUUGAAGGCAGCUACGUUGGAAUAGCGCACUCCGUGGAGAUAGUUCGCAAUUUACAAGAAAAAUUUUUUAUGGAGGGGUAUUUUUCUUGUAAAAUUCGAGCAAUGGGAGGCAAAAUGGUACUGUUAACAGGCCAAGAUAAGGAGGAAGUGAAAGACUUAGUCGAAAUGGCUCCAGAUUGGUUAAGGCAAUGGUUUGAAGAGGUGAAGCCGUGGACACCACAGAUGACAGCAAAAGAGAGAUAUGUGUGGAUAAGGUGCCAAGGGGCUCCAGUGAAUGUCUGGGGAAGUGAUUUCUUUUCUACUAUGGGCCGUUCAUGGGGAAACUUUAUGUGCUUGGAUGACAGUACAAGCAAGAAGGAAAGGUUCGAUGUUGCAAGAUUUUUGAUUUCUACUCCAAUAAUGGAGACAAUAUCAGUUUCAAGGGAAAUCAAAAUCAAUGGAAGCCUUUAUAAGUUGAAAUUUACAGAAGAGGAAGUCACCAAUUGCUUUUUCUCCUUGAAGCAUGAUUUUAUUCCCUCCUUUAACAGUGAGUCCGAAGAUAGGGAGUCAUGGACCACCGGAACAGAGCCGGAGAGGCUUGAUGAGGAAGAUGGGUGGAGGAACGAGGAGGUUCAGUUCGGAUAUCCAGUUGAAGAAGAUGAUGACAUCAGAAGACGUAGGAAAGAGGGUGAAAGAAGUAAGCUAGAACAAACCAGCAAGGAAGCAGGGGAUGCAGAGACCGUUGGUGACAACCUGGAUGAAUUUCAAAUUUCAAAUGCAAGGGAAAGAAGCAGGACAGAUGGUGGGGCUACAGGACAGACGGUGCAGGCCUCAUCUUCGGAAAUUGGAGGAAAAUCAGGAGAAGGCAUUAACCACAAAUUGAAGCCCAGAGAUCAGCAAGUGGCAAGGCCCACCUCGCCGAAGGAAAGCCCAAGGGUAUUGGAGUCCACUAAUGUGGACGGAGCCCAAGUAGAAACAAUAAAGGAGAAUCCAGUAGCACAACAAAACAGGGUCAUUUCUGGAAGCGGAGAACCUGCAGAAGAGAAAGGCGAUGGAGAUGAAGACGCCUUCUGGAAGGGACACGAAUCAGAGAGAAGCCGAAUCGAAGUUUGGAUCGGCAAACAGCUGGAGGAGAUUAGCUCAAAAAACCGCAGAAGGAAGGUCAGAAGGUGUAGCUCGGUGUAUGGACAGCCCAGGAUCAGUGAGGCAACGGCAGGAAGAAAGAGAGGAAGAAAGAAGAAGAACUCACAGCAAAAAGAGGAGAGACCAGCUCCAACCUUCAUGCCGAACCAGGAAGGAAAGGCUGCUGGAGACUCGGUAGGGGAUAGCGAUAUCCACAACGUGAACAGGGCAUUGAAGAAGCAGUGGCAAACCCAGCUCGCAAAGGAGAUAUGGGACUUGGCGUCGCAGCUCGGAGCAGUGGCGGAGAACGACAAUGAGGUGAUUCAAAGAAUAGAGGAGAUGGAGGAUAGAGAUCAAAGAGCAAAGAGGAUGAUGGUGAUCCGAGAGGAAGAAGGCAGCAGGAAGUCGUCUACAGGCAUGUCUGGAGGUCUGAUAUGUGUCUGGGAUUCUAAAAUAUUGAAGAAGAAAGAGACGAUAGAGGGGGAUAAUUUUAUAGGGGUAUUUGGACUGUGGGGAGUGGAGGAGAUACCUGUAUACAUUUUAAAUAUUUAUUCCCCGUGUCAAAUGUCAAGAAAAAGAGCCUUAUGGGAGGAGCUGCAAGGUCUAAUAAAUAACAGGAAGGGGAUGUGGUGCUUAGCUGGGGAUUUUAAUGCUGUAAGGAGGGUGGAGGAAAGAGCUGGAUGUAAGGUGGUUUCAAAUGAAAUGAGGGAGUUUGAUGCUUUCAUCCACAACACGGAGUUGGUCGACUUACCGUUGAUAGGGAGAAAAUACACUUGGUAUAAUUCAAAUGGGCAACAAAUGAGCAGAAUUGAUAGAUUCCUGUUCUCUGAGGAAUGGAUGUCAAAGUGGAGCGAAAUUAAACAGUGGGGUUUGAAGAGAUCUGUUUCGGAUCACUGCCCUAUUGGAUGUAAGGAAGUGAUUGCGAGUGUAUGGAAUGACAGCGAAGUAAAGGGUUGGAAUGGUUUUAAACUUAAAGAAAAACUGAAAAGAACAAAGAAGGCACUGAAGGAGUGGAGUGGCAAAACCAACAGUGAGAUGGAAGGAAGAAUAAAGGAAGCAGAAAUUCUGAUCGCUUCAAUAGAUGAGAAAGGAGAGCAGCACCAGUUAUCAGAUAUUGAUAUUGAGCUAAGAAGGAACAGUUUCAUUGAAUUGUGGAAGAAUUUAAAAAUCAAGGAGAGGAUGAGUCAACAAAAAUCAAGAAAGCAGUGGCUAAAGGAAGGUGACGCGAAUACAAAAUUCUUCCAUAGAAGCAUCAAGGGAAGGCGGUACAGAAACGAAAUCAAUAGUAUCCGGAUAAAUGGGGAGCAGUAUACAGGAGUGGAGGUAAUAAAGCGAGAGGUUGCUAAGUACUUCCAAGAAUUGUUUACGGAAGAAAAGUGGAGAAGACCGAAGCUCGAUGGAAUAUGCUUUAGGCAAAUCACGCAAGCUGACAAUGAGCUCCUCACUGCUAAUUUUUCAGAACAGGAAAUUAAAGAAGCAGUAUGGAAUUGUGAUCCUUCAAAAUCCCCAGGACCAGAUGGAUUCAACUUCAGAUUCAUUAUGACAAUGUGGGAGGUUGUUAAAGAUGAUAUAAUCAACUUUGUACGGGAAUUCCAUCAACAUGGCAAGAUGGUCAGGGGGUCAAAUGCCUCUUUCAUAGUGUUAAUUCCAAAGACUGGAAAUCCACAAGCAAUAGAGGAAUUCAGACCCAUUUCGCUAAUAGGAGUCAUUUACAAGAUCAUGGCAAAGUUAUUAGCGAACCGACUACGGAAAGUGUUAUCGAAGGUGAUUGGGGAACAGCAGAUGGCUUUUAUAGAAGGAAGGCAGUUAGUAGAAGGGGCAGUGAUUGCAAAUGAGAUUCUCGACGAAGUUAAGAAGAAAAAGAAGAAGGGAUUCCUUUUUAAAGUCGAUUUCGAGAAAGCUUACGACAAAGUAAGCUGGGAUUUCAUAGACUACAUGAUGAUGAGAAUGGGAUUUUGUGCAACUUGGAGGGAAUGGAUUCAGGAGUGCUUGAACUCGAGCUCGGUCUCUAUUCUAAUUAAUGGCAGCCCGACGAAUCAAUUUCCGGUUAAUAAAGGUAUCCGUCAAGGAGAUCCUUUAUCUCCUUUUCUAUUCGUGAUUGUGGCUGAGGGGCUGAACGGAUUAAUGUCAUCGGCAGUGGAUAAGGAGAGGUAUAAAGGAGUGGGCAUUGGGAAUGGAGAUGCAAUGGUCACACACCUUCAAUUCGCGGAUGACACAAUAUUCUUUGGGGAUGCAACGGAAGACAAUAUUAGGGUGAUCAAAUGCAUUGUGAGAACAUUCGAGUUAGUCUCAGGACUGAAGAUUAAUUUCGGAAAGAGCCAGUUGAUUGGUGUGGGAGUUGAUCAGAAUUGGAGUGCUAAAAUGGCAUAUCAAUUGUGCUGCAAAGAAGGGAAAUUGCCAUUCAAGUACUUAGGAAUCCCUAUUGGCGGUAAUCAUAGAAGAAAAGCCAUGUGGCAGCCUAUGGUGGAGUCUGUGAGAAAGAAGUUAGCCAGCUGGAAGGGGAGGUAUCUAUCGAUGGGAGGCCGCAUCACGCUCAUCAAUUCAGUGCUGUCAAGCCUACCGGUGUUCUUGAUGUCUGUCUAUGUUAUCCCAAAAGGUAUAAUUCAAUCCAUUGACAAACUUCGUAAAAGCUUUUUAUGGGGUGGGAAGGGAGAGGAGAGAAAAAUAAAUUGGAUUAGUUGGGAUAGAGUAUGUAAAAAGAAAGAGGAAGGAGGGUUAGGAGUGAGGGAUUUGAGGAAAUUCAACUUGGCAUUGAUGGGCAAAUGGUGGGGAAGGCUUGCUGAAAAUAGGGAGGGCAUGUGGAAAAAAAUAAUUAUAGAGAAGUAUGGGAAGGGAGGGGGUCAUUGGCAGGAUUGGAUUGCUGAAACAAGAGGAAUAGGAUCAUCGUGGUGGAGGGAUGUGUGUGAUAUAAACACAAUGAAUGGGGGCAACUAUGGUUGGAUUAAAGAGGGUUUCGGGGUUAACAUUGGGGAGGGUAAUACUGUUAGUUUCUGGUGGGAUAGAUGGAGGGGAGAGGAGUGUCUUGCAAAUAUAUUCCCAAGAUUGUAUUUGCUAUCCACAGAGAAGAUGAAGAUGUGCAGUGAAAUGGGAAGGAGAAUCAACGGGUCAUGGGAGUGGAAUUUAUCAUGGAGGAGGAGCUUGUUUGACUGGGAAAAGGAAGAAGCAAUGGAAUUACUCACAAGAAUGGCAAAUACUCAACAAAUUCAGCUUACACAAUGUUAACCAAAAAUGAGAGGGAUGCAG